AUGGCCGCCCCCCUGAAGAGGUGGAAGGACUCCCAGGAGGAUGUGAACGAGGAGCUGUGGGAGGAAGAGCUGGAGAGGCUGCGCAAAACCCAGGGCCCACUGAGGGAGCUACCCUACUCCAUGAUGGACAAGCGGCACAUCAGGCAACUGAGGAAGCCUGAAGAGGCCCGGGCGGCCUGCUGGGAGGCCUGGUGGCGGAGGCAGCGGCGGGUUCGACGGAGACUCCACGACUCGGCCCGGCGGGUCCGGGCCAGCUGCAGCCUGUGGGAAGGGUCUCUGUACGAGAUCGGAGGGCUCUUCGGCACGGGAAUCCAGUCCUAUUUCACCUUCCUCCGCUUCCUGCUGAACCUCAACCUGCUGAGCUUCCUCCUGACCAUCGCCACCACGCUACUGCCCCUCGUCUGGCUCCAGCCGCUGGACCGAGGCCCCCCACCCGUUACAAAUCCAAAGUGUCUCAACUCCAGCCAGAAUCAUCCUUCCCAGGGGGAUAUUUUCUCCAGCAGCGCCUUCCAGAACACCUGCCUUUUUUACGGCUGGUACAAAGCGGGACCAGAGAGCAGCUCCAGCUACAGUGUGCGGCUGGCCUACCUCCUCGGGCCUCUGGCCGGACUCCUCCUCUGCUUCGGCUGGACACUGAACCGCAUGGUGCGAGGGCUUCUGGGAAAGCAGCUGCCCAGCCAGAAAUACAGGCCCCUGCUCAGCGCUAAGGUGUUCGACGCCUGGGACUUCUGCAUCCACAGCAGGGCCGCCGCCAACAUCAAACAGCGCGUCAUCAGCAACGAGUUCAAGCUGGAGCUGAGAGAGGAGCUCCGCUACCAGCAGAUGCAACAGCAGACGCGGAAACAGAAGGCUCGGCAGUUUCUGUCCUACCUGUGGCCCAAUGUGGUCAUCGGGGCCCUGGUGGCCUUGGCCAUCUUUCUCAUCUACUGGGCUACCAAGGCCUCCCAGGACAGCAGGCAGGAGGACCUGUGCUCCCUUCAAAAGAUCCAUUCUGUACGCUGUGUGCUACUCCAGUACCUGCCCCCCGGAGUCAUCGCACUGGUCAACUUCCUGGGACCUCUGGUUUUCCCAGUCCUGGUCCGGAAGGUGGACUGUUCUCCCAACACUGAGAUCAACCUCACCCUCAUCUGGUUUGUGGUACUGAAACUCUCCAGCCUGGGCAUGUUCUUCUUCUCAAUGGGGCAGACGGUCCUGUGCGUCGGACAGACUAACCGCUCCAAAUGCGAGCCCUGCGGCUACAAUGACCAUUACCAGUGCUGGGAGAAUGCCAUAGGGCAGGAGAUGUACAAGCUGUGUGUCUUCAACUUCCUCCUCACCGUUGCUUUCACCUUCCUGGUCAGCUUACCCCGGAGGCUACUGGUGGAGCGCUUCUCUGGGCCACCGUGGGUCUGGCUGGGCCGGGAAGAGUUCACAGUGUCCAAGAAUGUCCUGGAUCUCGUGGCUGGGCAGACCAUCACCUGGAUGGGACUCUUCUACGGCCCUCUGCUCCCGCUGCUGAACGGCGCCUUCCUCUUCCUCACCUUCUACAUCAAAAAGUACAACCUCCUCUGGAACUGCAGAGCUCCGGAACGCCAUAUCCAAGCCUCCCGUUCCACCUCUUUCUUCCAACUCGUUCUCCUGCUGGGCCUCUUUCUGGCCAUCAUGCCCCUGGGAUAUGUGGUCAGCAGCGUGCCCUCCUCCCGAGCCUGCGGCCUCUUCGCCAACUACUCAGCUCCGUGGAAGGUGGUUCCCGAGGCAGUGGAGACCCGUCUCCCCGUCGAAGCCCAGCGCGUCCUGAACUAUGUGGGCUCCAAUGCCUUCUGCUACCCCUUCCUCAUCCUGCUCAGCCUCGCCCUGACCGUGGGAAUCUCCCAAUCCAGGGCCAACACUCGGGCCAUUCAAACACUCCAGAAGCAACUGGUGUGGCAAGUACGUGAGAAGUGGCAUCUCGUGGGCGACCUGAACCGACUGCUGGAGGCGGCGGGAGGGCCGGAAUCCCCUCUCACCCACCGCCCUCGACGAGGAUCCUUCUGUCCCGGCUUUCCCUGUCCGGGAUCUCCAGGCCCGCGCUCCCCGAGGCCUGGAUCUUCCCGACUCCUCUCUUCCAAACUGCUGUCCUCCUCCCCUGCGCUCUUCCCCUGCCCUGAAUCCUUGCCAAUGCCCCUGUCCCCCCAGUCCCAAUUCCCCUUUCCCAGCUCCCCAGAACCAGGAAUCUCACAGCGGUGACCAUCCCAAGAUGGGUUGAGAGUAGUAGUAAUAAUAAUAAUAAUGAAGAAUUUGCGGUA